ACAGCAAGGCUUGACAGUUGGUGCGUGUUUUAGGAAUAAUCACGUUACUCUCAGUGUGGAAUCAGUGCAUUUCAUUGUCUGGUUUGAAUGUUGUCUCUCCAGUUGAACCUGUUGAGGUCGCAGCGGUGAAUGGGCUGUUGGGAAUGUGUGCAUGUGCUGGCGUUGUUGGUAUCGGUUUCCGGGGCAACACCCCGCCGCGCAGCUGACGGGGCACGUCUGUUGACACAGUUUCACCAGAAGACGCUAUAUUCGUUUAACGCCGCUCCAGAUCGGCGCACGGCAUCGGCACUCGAUGGCUGCGUGAGACGGUCCGUUGCUUCUGCAGACAUGGACCAGGUCCAGCUGGAGGCCUUCCUCACCGCCCAGACGCGGAAGCAGGGAGGCGGGGGGCUGAGCACGGAGCAGGCAGCGGCCCUCUCCAAAUUCUGGAGGAGCCAGCGGCCCCGGAUACGAGAGAGCCUGCUCGGGCAGAGCCGCUGGGAGCCCUGCCUGCGGGGCGUGAGCUGGAGGGUGGACCUGCAGACCUCCACCAGCCGGGGGGAGCCUGCCAGCAGCCCUGUUGCGCUGGUGGAGCUGGAGCUGGGCAGGACUGGCAAGGACUCCGAGUUUGUGCGCAUGGAGUUUGACGAGGCCAAGGUGAACCGGGUGCUGAAGAAGAUGACGGAGAUCCAGGAGAGCAUCGACAGCUUUGUGCACCAGAGCUGAGCCUCCCCUGCAUGGGAGCCCACUGGACCUCAGGGUGGCUUUGGCUGUGCCUUGCUCCUCCUCUGGGCUCGGCUCAGGCCUCGAUGAAGCACGGGAAGCAGGGCGCACCCAUGGACCUGAGCGCUGCCCUCCCUUGGAAGGAAGGGGGAGAAUGAGAGUGGGAGGAGACGCACGUCAUGCCCAACGCUCUGCUCCCCUCCUCUGCAAGAUAAUCCAUGCAGCGACAUGGAAACGUGAACGAGUCAAAGCUUUCAGGGGUACCGCAUGCAUUCAUAAUCGCACACUGUUUACCCCGUUUAAGCCAACGUAAACUGCACUUACUUUUCUUUAUGUAGUUUCUCGAGCACAUCCUGUAUUUUGAUUUUAGUAAUCCUAACGUUAAUUCAGCUGAAACUCUUAAAUUCACCGCGUCACUCCAGCUAUUCUUCAUCUGUUUACCUUUGAAGGGAAUAUUUUUCUCUAAUUACUACAUCUCACAUCUGUUCUCUCUUUUUCAAGAAUUCUUUAUCAAAUUGGUUUUGGGUUGGGGAAACGUCCCAGAUUGCAAGAGGGCCACCUCUCAGAUUACUUCCACAUUGCCCAUCUGUAUACAUCCAUUUGUAUAAUUUGUAUCUUGCCUACUGUUGUUCAGCGUAUAUUGAUGUGGCCAGUCUCUCAUAAUAAAGUAAUUAA